CGAUAAUUCAAGUAUCAAACAAAUUCAAUUCAAAGCAUUUGAUAGCUUGAAAAGAUGCCACAAGAAAUUCCACCUGCAGUCAAAUAUAAAAUCUAUCCGGAAGGUGCAGAGGGAAUAGACACGGUUUGGGAGCGGCCCGGAUUCAAGAAGGGAGAGAUAGAAGCUCGAGUCAAAGAUGUGGUCAUUCUGCGUGGAGAACCAGUUCCAAACAGCUACAAAAUGCUUGUAGAGGCCACAUUUGAGCUCCCAAAGAAGGAUAAAAUAACGCAACUCGGACUCGUCAAUCGACAUGGGUUGGUCACUCGUGUUCAUUACGCGAGCCCAUUCAAAGGAGCAAUUCUACCGGGUGACAUCAUCUUGCAAGUGAACGGUACGACUGUCUCAUUCGAUGAGAAACAAUUGACAGAGCAUGUCGACGAGACCACCGGUGGAGCAAGUCUCCAGUCAAAUGUGAAGACUGUUAAGAGGAAGCCAACGACUACACCGAAAACUGAACCUGUGAGAGCACCACAUUCACUUUAUCCAGACUUCAAGGUUGUUGUCGGAAAGAUUUUGAACUCAAAAUCUGAGACAAAGAUUACGGUUCUGGUCGCUAGAUUGAAGAACAGAAUGUCUACGUCUAAGAUUCCAAAUGGUAUCUUAGCCACACAGGAUCACACCAUCGAUUUGGCCAUUCUCUACCAAUUCAAAUACCUGCAGCUUGGUCUGAACGUGCAGCAGGUCGACAGAAAAGUGGUGGUCAACUACACUAUUCCGGAUUCAGUUUCACAUUGUAGUUUGAAUAUUGGUGAAGCUAUUAUUGCUGUUGAUGAUAAACCAAUCAACACUCUGGCAGAUAAUCGUCAACGAUUUCGCGAAGGAUUUGAGGCGAAUGGAUGGAUUCGAUUGUUGGUUGAGUAUCCGAAUACGGAUCCAAUCAAAAAUAUGGUUCGGGGACAGCUUGCAAAUGUUAUGAGAACUGCCGAACGACCGCAAUACUUGCUUUGUGGAGAUGUCCGUAAAUACUUUGUAGAAGGAAUUGAAGCUCUGAAAAAUGGAAAAGCGUUGGCUCCCAUUUUAAAAGAGGAAGAAGGGCCGGGAGAAGUUGGGAAGAAGAAGAGUGAUGCGAAAGUUACCAAAAAGGACCCGGCUGUUGGAUUCAACAACACAACUGAAGAAUUUUUUAUUCCGGCGGAAUGGAACUCGAAGCUUUUCGUUUGGCUCCCGCCGCUGAAGACCAAGGUGACCGAAUCGGCAUCUUCGAACAUGCCGGUUAAAAAAUGAACUUCAUUCUUCUUUAAUAAAACAUUUGACUG